UAUCCUUGACGCGGGAGCAUCGUCGUUUCGAAAGAGCCGCGACCUUUCGCCGUCGCGCGCGUUCCCUCGAAACGUCCGACGUCCGACGCGCUCCGCAACAUCCUUCGGUCCCCUCCGGAACCGCUGCAAUUCAUCGGUCGGCCCGCGUAAACGCGUAAGCGCGUGUCCGCCCACGCAUCGUCCUCUCGUUCCGCUGCUCUGCUACCACUAUUCGUGCGACGUCCUCUUUCCGAAGGGACAGAGAGAAAGAGAGAGAGGGAGAGAGAGAGAGAGAGAAAGAGUGAUCGAGCGAGGAGGAGAGAAAGAGAUAGAGAGAGAGAGAGAGACUAGCCUCGUCGCAUAGUAGUGCAAAACGUGUCGCGAACGAUGUGUUGCAGUGACGUAACCGGUGAAUCGCGCGAUCUCGUUGAACAGCGAUCGAUGGGACGCAACCCUGCUCAGGAGGACAAGCUGGCUUAGGCGUCUUCGAUCGGCCCGUGAGCCCAAUCGACACGAGUCCGCGGCCAACCACCGCCGCUUAUCUCGGACAGCGUAAUCGCGGUUGCACUCGGUCAGCGCGACGCUUGCUGCCCGCCGCAAGAAUCGCGAUCGAUCUCCAGGACACGCCGGAAAUCGUGAGCCGUUGUUGGGAUUUGCCCCGAGCAGAUGAUGCUCGAUAGAUAGCGGGCCUGCGAGGACGUUUCCAGAAGAUGUUCUAGCCGAGUUCCCUGCCCCACGGUGAUCUCACCCGGAAAGGUAGCACAAGCCGUUUCUCGGAUUCGUCGCCCGUUCAGGAUUUUCACCUGGAACCCGGAGCCUGCGAAUUGGGUUUCCAGAAGAUCGAGAGGUGCACCCUGUCCGUCGACGCGACGCUUCGAAACUGGGUGACCGAUCGAACUUGGCACCGCAAAGCCGAACUUCCGCCGAAUACCCGAACCCGUCUUCCCGAUACGAUCGACCGUGUAACUCGUUCCUCGAAGGCGGAGCUGUUCCCCCCGCGAUCGGCGAUCAAUCUGGAAACGAUGAUAGCGAGCCUGCUGUUGUGCGAAGGGAACGUUAGAUUUUACGACGGAUUCGGUGCAGACGGUGUCGUCGACGGUCGCUUGUCGGUGAAACCAGUGCCGGAACGACGCUAGAGAGUGUCCGAGUGCGUCGCCGGAGGAAACGCGCGGGUUUCAUGGGAUGUUGCAGGCGAGCUGUUGUGCUGUCGCUGGAUCGUCGCGGUCCUGGAUUCGCUUUCGAAGUCCGCGUGCUUCCGUGAGACAACGAAGCUUCUCGUAGAUCGUUUGGAUCGCGAUCGCUGGCAAUCGGGCGCGGAGAACUCGAAGGAACGGAGAACCCAGGGGAUCCCGAAGAGUGGCCAGGCUGGAUCGGCGGGUCGAUAGGUUGCCGCAUUAUGCGUUCCGAAGACGAUUAGCGCGGCUAGGGCAGAAGGAGCGAACCGAGCGAAGGGUAGCGCGGCGGGGAUCCGGAAGAAUGCAGCGGCCGGGGAUGCACGGGCUUUGCGAGAAAAUGCGCGGAAGAAUGAUCGAUGAAACGUCUGGAGCGUCGGGGAAAUUACUUUAACGAGUCCCGCCUAAUGCAUCGCGAACGACUUUGCGGUCGUCAGUGCGACCAGAGGCAUAAAAGCGUCCACUGCCACCUCUCCUCUGUCACCCGCUGUCUCUGCUCACCUCUCUCUCCGCCGUUGACGCUCGGACCUACACGAACUAACACCACGUACCAUUGCCAACGAAACACUACUGCCGUUAAUUGCGUUCAUUAGCGUAGCCCGGGUUAGGUCUACCGACGUAGCCGCUUUCUUUCGAGGGAAAGCCGUGAAUAAUCCUAUCGAGUUCGCGCGACACGGUGCGACUGUUGUUGUUGUUGUUGGGUUUUUAAUGAAACUAGUGGAAACAGUGUUCUGUCGUGUUGCGAAACAAGCCAAGAGGAACUCUCCGUCGUGACGAGAUUCGCCACUCAACGGAUCCUGGGAGAUGCCACGUUGCUGCGACGCAACGAGACGCUAACGAAUCCCCGACAGGACUGGAUGCCCGACUCGACGAAACGCCGUGAGAUGCGUGCGAGAUAGUAUAUCAAUAUGUGAAAGAGCCUCGCCGAGGAAAAGCGAUGUCUCCUACUCUUCCCGUACUCGUCUGUUUUAUCAUUUCUUUUGGUGGUAUAGCAUCAUGUUCAAGAAAUUUUCGAACCGACUUUCUGGAGGAGUGGCCAACACCUGGAACGGGUCCCCAUUUCGACACCUCUAUGCAGUCGAACUUCACCGGACUGGUGGGCAAAGCGGUGAAUCUAGUCUGCAAAGUGAAGAACCUUGGAAAUCGAACGGUUUCCUGGGUGAGACACCGGGACAUACACCUGCUGACGGUCGGCCGUUACACGUACACGAGCGACCAGCGUUUCGAAGCCCUGCACUAUCCGCACACCGAGGAAUGGACGCUGAGGAUAGGAUACCCCCAGCGCAAGGACUCCGGGAUUUAUGAGUGCCAAAUAUCAACGACACCGCCUAUCGGCCAUUCUAUUUAUCUGACGAUAGUCGAGCCGGUGACCAUUAUCGUCGGGGCGCCCGACCUAUUCGUCAACAAAGGCAGCACCAUUAACCUGACCUGCGUGGUGAAGUAUGCUCCGGAACCGCCGCCCAUGAUGUCCUGGAGCCACAACACAGAGAUAAUUAAUUUCGACUCGCCGCGCGGCGGCAUCAGCCUGGUGACGGAGAAAGGCCCCGAAACGACCAGCCGGUUAAUGAUCCAGAAAGCCGUGCCGAGCGACUCCGGGAUCUACACCUGCCAGCCAAGCAACGCGAAUCCCAACAGCAUCAAAGUGCACGUUGUCAACGAGGAGCAUCCGGCCGCGAUGCAUCACGGGGAUGGAAGCUCGUCGCACGUCAGGGCGUGGCCGAUCGGUUUUAUAAUUUUAGCGAUAGUUAACGUAAUAUUUCUAUAAGAAGAACAAGGGAGCAGCCCCCGAGCAGAAGAAGAGAAGAAAACAGAGAGGGAGAAAACGGGAGGGACACGUACUUACCCGACACGACGUUGCAAGCGCGGUUUCGAACGGUCGCGUUCAUUUUUGGGUAAAUAUUUGUGCAGGGUAAAACCGAAUAUUACCUACAUUUACAUUGAAUUUCCGUGACCAAAACAGUUUUCGAAUAUCAGCACGGCACAAUAAUCGGUAAGAGCGUAGUAUUUUGUUAAGAUAUAUCAUCAAGAACGAAUAACUUACGACGUCUAAAUUUAUUGUAUUAUUUGUAAAUAAAUUUAUUGUAUGUACAUAUCAAUAAAACGAUUGUCUUUAUC